AGGGGAGCCAACAGAACGGUGUGACAUUCGCAGCUAGCUUCACGUUGACUGUGCUCCACAAACAGCCGCAGUAUCGACAAACGUUCACAAAACGUUUAGACGUAACAACCAUAGUGUCACUUCUCUUCUUAUUUCAUUAACUACACCAUUCAAAACUUCAAUUUUCCUUCGUUUUUAGUUGUAUAAGUGUUAAGUGUUACCGUUAUUAUGUUAAAGUAAUUCAUAGUGCCGCAUAAUCGUACAUAUUUUCAAGCAAUUACGUAAUGGGAAUUAUGCUAGACAAGUUUAAAGUUUUGCCCUGAAAUUCAACAUGGCCGCUGACACAGGGAUGGAUACUUGCCCCAGUCCGGAAAUCACGGACUCGAGGAAACGGCCGCUCGACGGCGACUCGGAAAAUGGAGACGUAAAGCGAUCACACUUUAGCUCGGUGCAAGACUUGGUGACCGCGUUGCCUCUGGCCAACGGCCAUGGCAAUAUUACGUCUCAUUUCGCCGUGGAGCCGACAUACCACUUCAAGGUGCUGGUGCCGUCCAUGGUGGCCGGCGCCAUCAUCGGCAAGGGUGGCGAGACCAUCGCCCAGCUGCAGAAGGACACUGGCGCCAGGGUCAAGAUGUCCAAGUCCCACGACUUUUAUCCUGGAACUACGGAGCGAGCAUGCCUGAUCACCGGCUCAGUCGAGGGCAUCAUGGUCGUCCUGGACUUCAUCAUGGAUAAAAUCAAGGAGAAGCCUGAGCUCGUCAAACCAUUCCCAGAGGGUCUCGACACCAAGAUGCCCCAGGAUAGAGACAAGCAGGUGAAGAUCCUGGUGCCUAACUCUACAGCUGGCAUGAUCAUCGGCAAAGGCGGCAACUACAUCAAGCAGAUCAAGGAACAGAGUGGCAGCUACGUGCAGAUCUCGCAAAAAGCUAAGGAGCUGUCGCUGCAAGAGAGGUGCAUCACCGUUGUGGGUGAGAAAGAGAACAACAAGAAGGCCUGCGUGAUGAUCCUGCAGAAGGUUGUGGACGACCCGCAGUCCGGGUCCUGCCCCAACGUGUCGUACGCGGACGUGGCGGGGCCCGUGGCCAACUACAACCCCACCGGCUCGCCCUACGCCGUGCCCACCGCUGAGGUGAAAGAGAACCACGCGCUGAGCGGCGUGGGAGGAGGCGUGGGCGGCGUGCUGGUGAACGGCGCGGGCGUGGGCGGCGUGGCGGGCGGGCUGGGCGCGCUGUCGCUGUCGCUGUCGCUGGCGCCGCCCGGCUCGCAGCCGCCCGCGCCGCUGACGCAGCACACGCUGGACCACAUCAAGGCCGCGCUGCGCCAGGCCGGCUACAGCGAGGCCGGCAUCUCCGAGAUCGGCGCCGCGCUGGCGCUGCUGGUGAAGCACGGCGUGCUGGGGCUGGCGCUGCCGGCCGCGCUGCCGGCGCCGCCGCUGUCGGCCGCCUACUUCCCGCUGCCGGCGCAGGACCCGCCCGCCGUCUUCGGGCCCAUCGGCCAGGUGCCGCUCGGCGGCGCGCGCGGCGGCUCCUUAGAGCGUUUCGCGGAGGUUGCAUUCGAGGCGCUUCGCCCCCCAGCCGUGGCGCCUAUCUCGCUGUCGGCCGGCGUGGGCAGCGUGGGUGGCGUAGGAGGCGUGGGCGGCGUGGCUGGCUUCCCCUCUGCCUCGCUGCUGCCGCUGUCCAAGAGUCCCACGCCCGCCGACGCGGGAGCCAAGGACUCCAAGAAUGUCGAGAUUGCAGAGGUCAUCGUCGGGGCUAUACUCGGCCCCGGCGGGCGCAGCCUGGUGGAGAUCCAGCAGAUGUCGGGCGCCAACAUCCAGAUCUCCAAGAAGGGCACGUUCGCGCCCGGCACCCGCAACCGCAUCGUGACCAUCACGGGCACGGCCACGGCCAUCAGUAACGCGCAGUACCUCAUCGAGCAGAAGAUCCAGGAGGAGGAGCUCAAGCGCACGCGCCACAACGCCAUCUCCGGCCUCAUGCAGUAACCGCCACCCGACCGACUACACUCUGUACAUUUCUUGUAUUUCGUUCUAGCGUAGUGUCUAGUUCUAGUCAAACACUGUUGGAUCACAGACCGUCUGCGUCGCUCGGUCACCUUAAACUAUUGGCGCGAGUUACCUGACUCUAGUUAAGAAGUUUUGUUUUGUUUUAAUCUGACGGAGGAUAUAAUUUAUGCAGCUGUAGGCACGCCCCGCCGGGGCCCCGGCCGCCACUGUACGGGGCCCCGCCGCUCACUUUACGUUCUUAUCGUGAUGACAAGUCAUUAUUUUGUUCUGCCUAGCAGACGUUAUUGUUGUUUAAGAUAUAAUAAUGAAAAUAUUGUGAUAUCUCCUAUCACGGAAAUUCCUAUUCCAUACACAUAUUAUUUUUGUAUAUUAUUCACCACAGCAUACAUUUUUUUAUUUACAAAGUUGAGUUCAUUGUAAAUGUUACCAUUGAUAAGUUAUUUUUCUUUAGUUUAUUAGGAUUAGUGAUGUGGUUAAUUAAUGAAUAAUAAACGUACGCACGCGCGACGUCCCGCGGGCGACGUCGCCGGCGUUACACGCAACCUGUGGGAGUUUGGGAGCCGAGUCCUACCAAAGUUUUAUUUACUGACAUGCUACCGCAAGCAUCGACUUGGUCACCCCUACCGAGUGCUCCGACUGAAACGUUCACUGCGUCCUGUGUUCAGUCCGACACUACAGGCCGGGCAUGUUGCAAUAGUCGCCGGUAGAGGGCCACUCGCCACGUGCCCAGUCUACACUCGAGUCUCGCGCGGGGCUGGGUGCUAAUUUGGCGAGCAGUUGUUCAUUCCUGAUUUCUCUCGGUAAAGAUCUUUAUUUUUUUAUACAUUUAUAAAACAAAAUGAAAAUAUCUAAUCGUUUUUAAAUAUUUUUUUUAUUAGGAAUGUUUCAUAGUUAUUGAUUUGUUGUCGGUCUAAAUUUGUCUUACGAUAUAAGUACAAUUUAAAUAAUAAUAAUAAUAGUAAAUGCAUGUCCAGACUAGUAGGUGAAAAAUAAUAAGAAAAUAUUUUAAACAUUUUAAAUGCAGAUUUCUAUAUAUCGAGAUGACAAUAUAAAUGAUAUAUUCUUAUUUACAGUUACUAUAUUGAUUGAAUAUUUUAUUUUUGCGCCGUCGUUUAACCAAGACGUUCUUUUAGUGUCUGUUAGUGUCCACACGACGGCCGCGGCCGGCCCGGCAGCCCGGGGCCGGCCCGGCAGCCCGCGGCCGGCCGCGGCCUGCGUGUGAUGGUAGCGUUACAUAAUAUUAUAAACUGUGAUUGUUUUCGUCGACAUUGUCAAGGUACUACGUGUCAGUCUCCACUUAGUGUAGAAGCCGUUCGGUACUUCGUCGGAGGGUAGUUAUAAGUUGUGUUUGUUUACCUCAGAAGUGCCAUCGUUCUAGAUACAGGAUUAGUGAGGUGAGCCUCUCGACAUGUUCAAUGUUUCACACGACUACUUGCUGUCCAACUACUUCGGGCCCACGUUGGGCGCCAACGCGUAAUGCGGUAAUAUGAUACUGCACAUAGUCUACUACUGGUUGACUCACGAAGGCGGUGACUACAUCAGAUGUGAAUAAACGUAUGAAGUACAAAAGAAAACGUAUUCAUAAUAAAUGAUAUAAUAAUUUGAAAUCGGCUUAAUGAUGAAAGUUAAUGUACGAUGAUAGUGUUUAAGGAAUCGGAAUUGAGAGACAAUUUCUCAGCUAAUUCAUUCACAAUUACGCGAUUAUAAUAAUAAAAAUUAUAAUAUAAAUAUUUUAACUAAUUAAUAAUUAGGGAAGUGAGCACGUUCUAUUCGCCAUAACCUCGUACUUCCGUGAGAGUGAAAUAAUAGUAAUGUAUCGUUGUAAGCUGCGCCGCGGCGACCGCGCGACUGGCAGCCCGCCAGGCGCCCGCGCUCGGCAUUACUUGUGGAUAUUGUUAACUGAUCUAUUACAUAUAUACGUGUGUUAUGUAGUUAACAUUCGCAGUGUAGUGUGGCAUUACAGUAGCUAGUUAAUAUUUAUAUAAUAUUCAAUCUUUAAAGUAUAUACAUAAGUAAAGCUGUUGGAUACAUUUCCGGUGUUUUCGAAUUUUCUCAUCUUAACUAUGUAUAAUGGGGGUAGGUACAGAUAUCGUCUUGUGUCAAUUAAUUAAUACGUCUGUGCGUUCGCGGUGGCUAUAACCGGGGAACUGAUGGGUAACGGGGGUAGUGUACGGUAUGGCCGGGGACGCCGGCGGUAUGUCGCGGCGGAGGGCGAGUGACCGCGAGUGACCGCGAGUGAUCGCGAGUGACCGCGAGCACACAGACGACGGUCGUGUCGGCCGCGGCCAGAACGCGAAUCGCCUGUCACGUCGAUUUAACAAGCUCAAUUUUAAUCGCAACUAAAUCUUGAUUAGUCGGUACGUAUAAGUCAAAUGCGUCAAUUAAAAGAAAUGUAUGGUUUCCAAAAAAAUGAAAUAUCAUUUCACGGUUCGGGCGAGCUCUGGGGGGUAGACAUAGUUUCAGUCUUGUUUCUUCACUCUCUCUUUCUCUCUUUCUUAGUGACUUUGUUGUUAGUGGGCGCGGCGGUUGUCGGAGCGGGGCGCGCCCGCUCGCCGCACUAACUGCGGCACGCGACACGGGACGACCGCCGCGCCGACACUUAUACUUAACAAUGGAACUCUAGUUAGUUAUAAUUAACAUAUUUAAAAUCAAUAUAAUUAGAUAAUUUUAAAAUUACUGGGAAAAUGUUAAUGUUGUUAUACUGAAGUUGUUACAAUAUUUGAGAGUAUAUUAACGUGAAUACAAAAUAUUUUAAGUGCGGUAAUCAUUAUCCGGAUAGUUCAUCGCGUGGCAAGAUAAUAAACAGUAGAUGUCCGUUGAUCGCCCCGAGCCACGUACUCGGCAGCGCCAGAAGGCGGCCGCGAGCCGCGCCAUCCGCACCUCCACCGUCACUGUGUAAUGCUGUUACGAUUAAGGAAUUUCAAUGUUGUAGGAUAAGGUAGCUAGUUGUCAUUCUUCAUUAUACGGAACUAACGCAGAGGUUUCUCUCGGCACUCCGAGCCGGCACGUGGCGACACUCUGGCCGCGCGUCUCCUCGCAUCCUCCCAUUUUAAUUUUAAUAGCUAAAUGUUGUUGAAUUUGUUGAUAGAGUGGUUUAUUGUAAUUACUAUAGGUAGUCUAGUGGGUAUACACGCGAAGGUGGCAGCCGUUGGGUGCGCUAGGAUAGAGUAAGGUUCGAUACUGUGUUUAGGAAAAUGGCUGUGCGUUCAAGUCGAACUCAACAUUAAGACAUCACCAUAACGCUUGUUUCUGAUGGGCGCGAAUCGCACACGACGCUCGCGCGCUCUCCGCUCGGCGCUCGCUCGUGACUGUACUCGGCGGUACUCGGCGGUACUCGGCGGUACUCGGUGGUACUCGGCGGUACUCGGCGGUACUCGGCGGUACUCGGUGGUACUCGGUGGUACUCGGUGGUACUCUGCAAUACUCGGCUGCACUUGGCAGUGCUCAGAGCGCGCUCCACUCACUAUCUGUAUAUAAUUGCAUAACAUUUUUCAUUUACGUUACUCUCCUUGCUCAUUGUCAUCAAUUUAUUAAAGACUGAGGAAUCAACUCGCGCAUAUUGACAUCGUCACGAACGCGUCCCAAACGGUAGGGAUUUAAUUGUAAUAUAUAAUUGUUUAUUAAUCAUUAAAUUAAAAAUUUCGCUGUGUUUCAUGUGGGCUAGUCCGCCAGGGCGUAGUCGUGUGCGAUUCUCGCAGUACACUCGCGGUGUUUAACGUUUUCAUUGUUACACGUCAGUUUUAUUGUUAACGCCCAAGUUAAAGAUUUCCGUGAGUUGGCCGCUGCUGCGAGUGUACGGAGUGAGCGGGCGGCGCGGCGCCGACCUGGCGCCGGCCGACGUUGAGCCCGGCAGAGGUUGAGGCCGGCCCACAGCGUGCGCCGGCCGAGGUUGAGGCCGGCCCACAGCUGGCGCCGGCCGAGGUUGAGGCCGGCCCGUAGUUGGCGCCGGCCGAGGUUGAGGCCGACCCACGCUGGCGCCGGCCGAGGUUGAGGCCGGCCCACAGCCGGGCCAGCCAAGGCCGCGCCGGACGGGGCCGCCCGCCCGCCGCGUACGUACCGGCCUCUCGGCCUCUCGGCCCCUCGAGCGCCGAUCAGUCGUUGUCUCAUCAACCUUUACACAUGUUGAGAUUGAUAUGUUAUACUAAUUCUAUUGAAUUAUAACUUGUUGCGUAUUAUAAGUAUGUAUAGAGCGAGCUCCGGCUCCGUACGUUAUGUGUAAAAUGUCAUACGUUGAUAACAUUUGUUGCUGUACAGUUCAGUGAUGGAAUUUUUAUUUUUUAUUAUUAAUAUUUUUUGUUAACUUGGUUUACGAUAAACGGGUCUGCAAUGUUAUGUAACGAGAAUAUAAUUUUUAAUUAAGUUUGAAUUUAAAAACAAUGUUGAAUAAUAAAUAUGUUUUGAAUUUAAAAUUCACUAUAUUUUAGUCAAUGUUUAUUAUUGUUUAGUUAGUUGUACUGUCAGAUUGAUUUUCUAAUGAAGUGUUAUUUUGCAAUGUUGUAAAUGAUAAGAGGUAAAAUGGAAGGAUACAAUGUCUUAGUGUUUAAAAGCUCGAAACCAAUUGAAAGGUACCUUGAACAUUGUCUAUAUUAUAUUAACAUUAAUAAAUGCAAAAAUUAAAUAAUGUCGUUUCAAUUCAUAAUUACCUCCACGAAAUAUGGUAUUACUUGCUACUAUUUCAGAAAAUAAACCAGAAUCUAUGACUCGUCACUUUAUUUG